GUGUCAGGUUACCGGUUUAAAUUUAAACUUAUCGGUCUGUAUUUUUGGUAAAUAAGCUUAAUCAAGCAGCGUACGCUUGUCUCAGCAUCGUCGUCAAAUAUCUGCCUUUAUAAAUGAAAAGAUUCUACCAGACGCUCCCAGUAUGGAUUGUCGAGGAUCACCACGAUGUGGUAAGUCAUAUAUACCGGGCUAUCGCCUCUCGGCACCUCCCUAUGAACAACAUUAAGAUGGUCCACUUGGACUCGCAUCCGGACCUCUUGAUUCCUGUCAACAUGCCCGCAGAGACAGUUUUUGACAAAGAGAAACUCAUCAGUGAAUUGAGCAUUGAAAACUGGAUCAUGCCCAUGGUGUAUGCUGGUCAUGUGUCUGCGGUAGCUUGGUUACAUCCUUACUGGGCUCAGCAGAUCAGGGAGGGAGAACACAGUAUGUUUGUGGGCAGAGACUCGUCCACUACCACCAUCAGGGUGACCAGUAAAGACAACUACUUCCUCAGUGAUGGUCUGUAUGUUCCUGAGCAGCAGCUGGAGAACUCUAAACCUCUCACACUCCAUGUGAUCUUAGUCAAUCCCCUGAAGUCCUGCGACCAGUUAGAAUCAGAAAAGACAAACAUUGAAGCUGAGGGUCCAUGUGAAAAGAGACCCUGCACUCUGAGUGGCACUGGAUGCCAUAAUCUCUCAACGCCUCCAACAGAUAGCAGCAGCACAGUGAGCAAGGGCGAGGCAAUGAGCAACAUUUCAGGUGAUAAAGGAGAAGAGAUUGAUGACGGCUCGACUAGUUAUGUUGUGAACAGGCUGUCUACGUUUGUAAGCAACACCGAACCCUACAUCCUGGACAUCGACCUUGAUUUCUUCUCCUGCAAGAAUCCAUUCAAAGAAAUGUAUACUCCGGAAGAAUAUAAGAUCCUGCAGGAACUCUACAGCUUCAGACCUCCAAGGCCAGAUGCUGAUGAGGAGGAAAUCGAAGAAUGUGUGGAUGUCCGCGUCCAUCAGCUCGAAGACUUGGAAGCAGUAUUCGCUGACCUGCUGGAGGACGAUGGAGAUGAGAGUGUGGCACGCUGGGCCAGCAACCCUGGAAUGGCCUCAUUAUCCCAGCUGGUUUCCAGUUUGAAAUCACGGAAUCCGUGUCCUGACUAUGAAAUGGUCCACCAGGCGGGUUUGACCUGUGACACUGUCGAACUGCCUCACCACAUCAGCUCUGACCAGGAGAUUGACAGGCUAAUGUCAGCUGUUGAACAGCUUCUGCAGCCACUGCCCAAACCCACCCUGGUGACCUUGUCCAGGUCCAGUCUGGAUGAGUACUGCCCGGCAGAGCAGGUGGACUCUGUCCAGAACAGAGUACUGGCUCUACUCCAGCGUCAGUACGGGCAGCUGGAGCUACAUAAAGUCUAUGAAGAACAACCCUUCCAAACACAAGCACAGGAUGAUGAAUCUCAGACAUCAUGACCGUGAAAGGGAACUCCCUGGUCACAUGAAUAAAGACAUACCUGUUUGUACAAAUCUCUCACUUAACCAUGCUCAUGUCAUCCCAACUGUCUGCUGCAGCCACACAACUACUUCUGGCAGUCUGAGAGUCACACCUAGCAGAGGCAUGUUCUGAGUAAUAACACUGUUCAAGCAUCAUUUAUAGAUGUCAUGAAAUGGAGAGAAAUG